AACAAAGUGCUGCCGGCCGGUCUCGCUCGAGCUUCAGUCGUAGCGACAAAAUGCAGGACUAUCCGCAAGGCUCAGGCAGGCCGCCAUACUCUCCUCAGCACCAACGCAGCCAUCCCCCUUCACCAUCCAUACAUCGGAAUCCUAGUCCUACAGCCCAGCGAUCUGGCUACUACGAUCCCUUGUCUGAUUCCAUACCCGNCUCGGAACCAUGCCGUAGACGCUGCCGACAGACAUCGCGAGAGUAACGGCUACCACUACGACACACCUGGACGUCCACGAGGCACAAGCCAGUCUUCACAUCCUGGCCCUCAACUCCCUCCUUUGACUCCGAUGCAUCACCCACUCCCUCCUUCAUCACCAAACUAUCACUCGCGCCCUAGCGCCGCACCUGCAGAGACACCCAACGUCAGUACACAACCAUACACCAACUCCGCGAUACGCGCUGACACAGAACAGCCUCCUGCUCGCUCCGCCAACCCCAUGUCGAUGUCCAACCUUUUAUCCGACAGUGGCCCUUCAGAACCUCCGCCGCCUCCAGCCCCUGUAGCAGCACCUCCCGCACGCCGUUCACCAGAGGUCCCGCGCGAGCCCGUCAAGCCGUACCUUGCUCCUCAUCCUGCGCCUGUCCCUGACGCUUACACAACGCCUGUCGCUCCGGCUGCCGCUCCUGCUAUAGACAACAACAACAUCAAGCGUGAACGCAAUGGGGAUGUUCCUCCAAUCGCGCCGCCCGUCUCGGCGCCUACCUACCCUACAGGCCCGCCAGGCCUCACCAUCGAAGCCACCGAAGCGGCCUAUGCUGAAAUCGAAGCAGCUGAGAUGAGCGAAGUUGAACAAGCUGGAUUCGAAGGGCCUAAAGUCGCAUGGGCAACGAGAUCCGCAAAGCGCAUGAUCGAGAUAGAACAGAGAGAGCUGGGGAAGCGAAAGAAACGCCGUCAAGCCUCGACUAGAAUGUACCUCGAACUGUUCGACGCAAACGCGAACCUCGCCAAGGAUCACUUCGUCGCCACGCACGAGAAGCAAGCCGAGGAGGAAGUUCGCGUAAAGGACGCCGAAGAAGAAAAGGAGCGCAAGAAGGACAUGCAGCGAAAGCGCAGACGAGAAAGGACGUUACUUAACGAGACGGCUAAGCGCGAUGAAGCUAUCGAAAAGCUCAAAGACCUCGAGGAUGAAGACGAAAAAUCGCGCCUGCUCAAGGACGUCCAGAAAUAUGGUAAGAAGAUACGGAAUACCGAAGACCUCCUACAUGGCCGCCUUCCCAGCAAAGCUCUCCUUGGAGACUCGCCCGGGCCUCCCAACCUGGAAGGGGGCUUUAUGUCGUCUUUCCAAGCUAAUGACGACCUCACCACAGAUGCGAAAGCGAAGAAAGGCGCCAAGGGAUACCGUCCACGCAAGAGCAAGGCCCAGAAGCAAGCCGAGAAGGACAGCGCCGCCCAAGCACAAGCCCUCAUGGACCGCGGUGAAGACAUGCCCCCAAUCACCCCGAGAGAAGAAUUGCGACUCCGAAGCCUGCGCGGCACCUCCAGCGACGGCAUGGAGGGAACACCUAUGGAAGACGUUGAACCUGGCGAGAAGACAUACGACCAGAUCUAUCGCGAAGUUUGGAAGGACAUCUCGGUCAGCGCCUCAAAGAUUGCUCGCACCAGACUUCAGGCAUUGGAAGUCAAGCAAGGCAACAUGCGCAAGACAGCUCAAUUGGCGUCCAAGGAGGCACGCCGCUGGCAGCUACGUACCAACAAGAGCACCAAGGAUGUCCAGGCUCGCGCAAAGCGUGCUAUGCGUGAAAUGCUGUCGUUCUGGAAGCGCAAUGAGCGUGAUGAACGCGACCAGCGCAAGAUGGCCGAGAAGCAAGAAUUGGAGAACGCCAAACGUGCCGAAGCUGAACGCGAAGCAAACCGACAGAAGAGAAAGUUGAACUUCUUGAUCUCCCAGACAGAACUGUACUCGCAUUUCAUUGGCAAGAAGGUCAAGACAGACGAAGUCGAAAACUCUACCAACGAUGUCUCUGUUUCUGACCAAACCACAAGGCCUGCUCCAUCCAGUGCCAACACUAUCGACCUGCCCGACAGCGUUGCUAAUCUCAGCACGAAGGUCACGAACUUUGAGGAUCUCGACUUUGAUGCAGAAGACGAGACUGCCUUGCGCCAGGCUGCUAUGGCGAAUGCUCAAAAUGCCGUUCAAGAGGCACAGGACAGGGCACGCGCUUUCAAUCAGGAUCCCAAUGGAGGAAACAAGAUGUCACAGUUCGACGAUGGCGAGAUGAACUUCCAAAACCCCACCAGUCUGCAGACCAUGGACGUCUCGCAGCCGAACAUGCUCACUUGUCAGCUCAAGGAAUACCAACUCAAGGGUCUCAACUGGUUGGUUAACUUGUAUGAGCAAGGUAUCAAUGGUAUCCUCGCCGACGAGAUGGGACUGGGAAAAACUGUUCAGUCCAUCUCAGUCAUGGCAUAUCUGGCUGAAGUCCACAAUAUCUGGGGACCCUUCCUCGUAAUUGCUCCAGCUUCGACACUUCACAACUGGCAACAGGAAAUCGCCAAGUUCGUUCCAACACUCAAAGUGCUGCCGUACUGGGGUAAUGCAAAGGACCGUAAGGUCUUGCGCAAGUUCUGGGACCGCAAGCACAUCACCUACAACCGAGAAUCGUCCUUCCACGUCCUGGUAACAUCGUACCAACUUGUGGUGCAAGAUACGCCAUACUUCCAAAAGAUCCGCUGGCAGUACAUGAUUCUCGAUGAAGCGCAAGCCAUCAAGUCUUCUCAAAGUUCGAGAUGGAAGGCUUUGCUGGGCUUCCACUGUCGUAACCGUCUCCUUCUGACUGGUACACCAAUUCAGAACAACAUGCAAGAGUUGUGGGCUUUGCUCCAUUUCAUCAUGCCUAGUUUGUUCGAUUCACACGACGAGUUCAGUGACUGGUUCUCCAAAGAUAUUGAGAGCCACGCUCAGAGUAACACGAAACUCAACGAAGAUCAGCUCAAAAGAUUGCACAUGAUCCUCAAGCCCUUCAUGUUGCGUCGUGUCAAGAAGCAUGUCCAGAAGGAACUCGGCGACAAGGUGGAGAAGGAUGUAUACUGCGACCUCACAUACCGCCAGCGAGCUCUAUACGCAAAUCUACGAAACAAGAUCAGCAUUCUGGACCUGAUCGAGAAGGCAGCUGUUGGAGAUGAUCAGGACACCGCAACCUUGAUGAACCUGGUCAUGCAGUUCCGCAAAGUCUGUAACCACCCUGAUCUGUUCGAGCGUGCAGACACGACUUCUCCACUUGCUUUGUCGUACUGGGCAGAGACUGCUUCCUUUAGCAGAGAGGGCAAUUUUGUCAAUCUUGCGUACUCGGUCCGCAGUCUGAUCGAGUACUGGCUACCUAAACAGCUCGGCUCUGAUGGUGGUCGAUUGGACUUGGCUGGACCUGACAACGCGCGUGCUGGCUGGAGAAACAAAUGGCUGAAGCACAUGAUGAGCAUUUGGAAUCCUGAACACAUCAAGCAAAACACCAAGAAUGCAGGAGCUUUCUCAUGGUUGCGCUUUAUCGAUCAGUCGGCCAGUGAAGUCUCAAGAGCAGCACACAGUGGUAUCUUUGAUCGUGCAGUUGAGCUUGAAAGACAGUCAAAGCGUCGAACGUUCUUCCAGCAAGGCGAUUACCUUGAGGUCAAGGAGCGUUACGUGCCUGCGCACUCCAUGCUCAAUGUUAUUCAGCACUCGAAGCCAAGUCUCAUCGCAGAUGUGUCCGGUGAAGGCUACCUGAGCAACCUGAUGAACGUCUCUCGAUUGGCGGUAGAGCAGACUGGUUACAGUGACAUUGAGCCUUGCUCUCUUCCUACGGCUGCUGCUCCUCCGAUCGAAUUGGUCUGCCCCAGUCAACACUCCAUCGUUGAGAAGGAAACUACAUUCUUCAACUCUCCAAUCCGAAGCACGCUGAACCCUAUAACCUUGGAAACUGAGCAAGCACUCUUGUCAAGCAAGGUCGCACCAGCAGAUUACCCGAUCGCGAACAUGUUGCCUGAGCCUAUCAAUAAGAAGCAAGGCUACACCACGAUAGAAGUCCCAAGUAUGCGCCGCUUUGUUACUGACUCCGGUAAAUUGGCUCAGCUGGACAAGCUUCUCCGAGAACUCAAGGAGGGUGGCCACCGAGUCUUGCUAUACUUCCAGAUGACACGUAUGAUCGACUUGAUGGAGGAGUACCUCACAUACCGCAACUACAAGUACUGCCGUCUUGACGGUUCGACAAAACUCGAAGACCGUAGAGAUACUGUUGCGGCUUUCCAGUCAACACCUGAGAUCUUCGUCUUCCUUCUCAGUACGCGUGCCGGUGGUCUUGGUAUCAACCUUACAUCUGCCGACACUGUCAUCUUCUACGACAGUGAUUGGAACCCUACCAUCGAUUCACAAGCUAUGGAUCGUGCGCAUCGUCUUGGUCAAACAAGACAGGUCACAGUCUACCGUCUCAUCACACGUGGAACCAUCGAAGAGCGUAUCCGCAAGCGUGCUCUACAGAAGGAAGAAGUCCAACGCGUGGUCAUCACUGGUGGCGCUGGUGCCACAAGUGGCGACAAAGGUGUCGAUUUCAACGGACGCACGACCAGAGAGAACCGCACCAAGGACAUCGCUCUGUGGUUGGCCGAUGAUGAUCAGGCCGCCGAGAUUGAGCGCAAGGAAGCUGAGUUUGCCGAGCAAGAGGCUAAAGAACCGAACAAGGCAAAGAAGAGGAAGGCUCCAACGAAGAAGAAGGAGAUUAGUAUGGACGACAUGUACCACGAAGGAAAGUUCGACGACGACCACAGUAACAAACCUUCUGGCGCAGCAACGCCAGUACCUGGCGCUUCCGAAGGCCUGCCAUCGAAAAAGAAGAAGACCACUGGCAAGAAAGCAAAGACGCUCAAGCAGCGACUUGCGAUAGCCGACGGUGAUGUUGAUGGCGGCAUGGCUUCGUAA